GCCUUUUCAGUAUCACCCACUUGCUGGAUCUUGAUUUUCCCAGAAAGUAGUUACUAAUUUUUCAAGAAAAGUGCAGGAAAUGGAAGUGGUUUUCAGGGAAGGGAGGUCAUUGGAGGAAACUCCAACAUGGUCUGUUGCAACAGUUACUACUGUUAUGGUAUUUGUUUGCCUUUUUGUCCAACGCUCCAUUUACCGAUUUGGAAAGUGGUUGAAGAAGACCAGAAGGAAAGCUCUUUUUGCUUCUGUCGAGAAGAUCAAGGAAGAGCUGAUGCUGCUUGGGCUUAUUUCUUUGUUGUUGGGACAAUGCGCAAGGCAGAUUUCUCAAAUUUGUGUGGAUUCAUCCCUUUUCAGUAGUAAAUUCUACCUUUGUUCUCAAGAAGAUUAUGACAGUGCGAGUGAGACAAUCCAUUUGUCGCGCUCCUCCAUUUUCUCAAAUGAUACUGAUAUUCCUCCCAAGGGAAUUUAUCAACCAUCACAUCAAUGUGGUGAGGGACGUGAACCUUUUGUCUCAUAUGAAGGACUUGAACAGCUCCACCGCUUCUUGUUUGUUCUCGGUAUCACCCAUGUCCUGUACAGUUGUAUUGUUGUGGGCUUGGCCAUGAGCAAGAUCUACAGUUGGAGGAAGUGGGAAAACCAAGUGAGCUCUGGGGCAGAGAACAACUUACAAGUGCCAAAGAAUAAGGAGAUGAGGCGACAAUCCACCUUCGCUCUGCAUCAUGCUUCUCAUCCAUGGAGUAGGAGUCGAAUUCUUAUAUGGAUGCUUUGCUUUCUAAGGCAGUUCAGGACUUCAAUUCAUAAGUCAGAUUACUUGGCACUGAGAUUGGGCUUUAUCACUAAUCACAAGCUUCCGCUUACUUACAAUUUCCAUAAGUACAUGGUUCGUAGCAUGGAAGAUGAAUUUUAUGAAAUUGUAGGGAUCAGCUGGAUCCUUUGGGGUUAUGCCAUCAUAUGCAUCUUCAUCAACAUUCAUGGCCUUAAUAUCUACUUCUGGCUUUCUUUUAUUCCUGCGAUUCUUGUCAUGGUGGUUGGAACAAAACUACAGCAUGUAGUCUCCGUGUUGGCACUUGAAAUUGCAGAGCCUAAGGGUCCACUUACUAGAACACAAGUAAAGCCACGCGAUGAAUUGUUUUGGUUUGGCAAACCGAAGAUACUAUUACGAUUAAUACAGUUUAUAUCAUUUCAGAAUGCUUUUGAAAUGGCAACAUUUAUCUGGUCCUUGUGGGGAUUCGAGCAACGGGAGUGUUUCAUGAAGAACCAUGCGAUGGUUGUUAUCAGAUUGAUUUCAGGGGUUCUUGUGCAGUUCUGGUGUAGCCACAGCACUGUUCCUUUAAACGUAAUUAUCUCGCAGAUGGGUUCGCGGUGUGGAAAGGCUCUCGUUGCUGAAAGUGUUCGAGAAUCACUUCACAGUUGGUGUAAGAGAGUAAAGGACAAGUCUAAACGAGAUGCUUUACGCUCUAUCACUACAAGAUCAACGUGUUCCCUAGGAUCAACGAUUGAUGAGGGGGAUGAGAUAGCAACGGUAACUUUAUCUCCAUGUUCCUCUAGAGGCUCAUUUCACCAUCUAGAUGAGAAUGUCCUGUCAAAUGAUCAACAAGAAGAUUGCAUUGUUGAAACCUCACAUGAACUUUCCUUCAGAAAUAGGGAAUAUUCAUCCGAAUAUCUGGUCACUGAUACAGAGGAGAAUGUGGAUAAUGAGAGGCAUUCAUCUGAACCUCUGGUUACUGAUAUACAAGAGAAUGUGGAUAAUGGGGAUGCAGACAAGCCAGAAACUCUCUUUGAUCUGUUUCAAAAGACAUGAUUUUUUCUCAUGCAAGCAAAGUAUUUAUUCUGUACAAUAUACACCUACCAGUCCAUACUCGGACACUAGCCGCGGAGCACUUCCUGCAUGGGGUAAACCAUUUUUAGAUGAGUAUUUAUUGCAGUCUUUGCUAUCUGGCAAUGGAGACCAGUUCAUAGAUUAGGCAUCUAUUUUGUAACUCAGAAAAUGAACAUAUAUUGAGCUGUAAAGAAACAGUUUUGAUGAAUAUACGCCUAAUUUUACAUGGAAAUUAAUUAGUU